UGCUCAUUCACUCUGGGCUUUGUGUGAGCGUGCAUCGGUGGCACUGUGUUAGCGCAUGUCGGGGAGAGAGCAGACCCAGACGAGGGAGAACGAGGGGGAGACCAAAAGCAUUCUCUCUGCACACAGACAACCAAUAAUCAUUCUGCCUGCUGUCAAGGAAGACUAGUACCGGAUAUAAAAAAAAAAAGUAACAAAGGAAAUAGACUCGCGAGAGCGAGGAAAAACUGGACUGCCUAAGACGAGGAAUAUUCUAUCACUCACUCACUCACAUGUGGGUGUGUAUAUGUAUACAGUCACACACACAGCAGACUUCUAUCGGUCAAGCCAGCAAACUCACUCACACUCUCAGACAGUAAAAAAGGGAGGAAGCUGCCUGGAUCUUGCCAAAGAGGUGUUUCUGUGUGUGCAAGAGGAGAAUGGAGGAGGGCUCGGUGUCUGUGGCCCCAGCAUGCAACUCUACGACCACCAACGCGGUGCUGAACAACCACUGCGCCGAUGACAGUAUCUCAGCGGCGAGUGCGUCUGAUGUGCAGGACCGUCUGUCGUCUUUGGAGCUGCGUGUCCAGCAGCAAGAGGAUGAGAUCACCGUGAUGAAGGCGGCGCUGGCCGACGUGCUGCGACGCCUGGCGCUCUCCGAGGACACGGCCACCACCGCCAAGAAACAGACUAGCACCAAAGGCCAGACUCCCCUGCGCGAGGCCUACUCUAUGUCCUGCAUCGCCAACGGCAGCUCCAGCAGCCGCAAGCCCAGCCACAGAGACCGAGACAGCUCCACAGUUUCCGUCACCAGGAAGGAUACCUUCUCCUCAGCUGCCAAGAGCGGUCAGACAGCGGAGAGGAAAAAGGACAAGCCUCAGAUGGAGGGCAUCAAGGAGAAGGAGGAGGGGCCCUCCCAGCCCAACCAAGCUAACGAUAAACCCUCCCCUGCCAGCCCCGUACAGCCCUCUCCGUCCCCCUCCGUCUCCAGCCACCCCCCCUCACCCCACCCCCCUCAGUCCCAAAGGCAGGCCCCGGAGAGCAAGGGCACCUCCCCAGCCAAAAGGGGUCACAGUGCGAAGCGGGGCACGGGUAUGGAGCGUUCACAGAGUAGUACCUGGGAGAGUGGCGAGGAGAGCAGGAACAAGCUGGUGAAGGCUGCUUCCACCUCCAAACUGCUGGCCAAGGUGGUGAAGAACGCAGACAAGCAUAAAGACCCAGUGAUCAGCCAAGCCAAAAUGUCAACCCGUGAGAAAAACAGCCAAGCAGAGGGAGAUUACAUCAAGAUGUUCAUGCGAGGUCGCCCCAUCACUAUGUUCAUCCCCGCGGAUGUGGAGAACUAUGAGGACGUGCGCACAGAGCUGCCUCCGGAGAAACUCAAAUUGGAGUGGGUGUAUGGCUACAGGGGGAGAGACUGCAGAGCCAACGUGUACCUGCUCCCUACAGGGGAGAGUGUAUACUUCAUAGCCUCUGUGGUCGUGCUCUUCAACUACGAGGAGAGAACACAGCGCCACUACCUUGGCCACACUGACUGUGUCAAAUGCCUUGCCGUUCACCCCGAUAAGAUCCGCAUUGCCACGGGACAGAUUGCGGGAGUGGACAAGGACGGCCGGCCGCUGCAGCCCCACGUGAGGGUGUGGGACUCGGUGAGCCUGUCCACCCUGCAGGUCAUCGGCCUGGGCACGUUUGAGAGAGGGGUGGGCUCCCUGGCCUUCUCCAAGGCGGACUCUGGUACACACCUGGCGGUGAUUGAUGAUUGUAACGACCACAUGUUGACUGUCUGGGACUGGCAGAAGAAAUCCAAAAUUGCUGAAAUCAAGUCUACAAAUGAGGUGGUCCUUGCGGUGGAGUUCCACCCUACUGAUGCCAACACCAUAGUAACCUGUGGCAAGUCACACAUCUUCUUUUGGACCUGGGCUGGCACCUCGCUGGCACGCAAGCAGGGCAUCUUCGGGAAAUACGAGAAGCCCAAGUUUGUUCAGUGUCUGGCCUUCCUCAACAACGGGGACAUCCUGACUGGAGACUCUGGAGGCGUCAUGUUGAUAUGGAGCCGGAGCACGGUGGAGCCGGCCCCAGGGAAAGGCCCCAAAGGUGCGUACCAGAUCAGUCGUCAGAUCAAGGCCCAUGAUGGCAGUGUGUUCACUCUGUGUCAGAUGAGGAACGGGACCCUGCUGACCGGAGGGGGAAAGGACCACAAGAUCAUCCUGUGGGACCACGGCCUCAACCCAGAGAGGGACAUAGAGGUCCCUGAUCAAUAUGGAACCAUUCGUGCUGUGGCUGAGGGCAAGGGCGAGCAGCUUUUGGUGGGCACGUCGCGUAACUUCGUCCUGAGGGGGACGUUUAAUGACGGCUUCCAGGUGGAAGUCCAGGGUCACACAGACGAGCUGUGGGGGCUGGCCUCUCACCCCUUCAAGGACCUGUUCCUCACCUGUGCCCAGGACAGGCAGGUGUGCCUGUGGAACUCUGUGGACCACUGCUUGGAAUGGACCAGGCUGCUGGAUGAGCAUGGACACUGUGCAGACUUCCACCCUAGUGGUGCUGUUGUGGCCAUCGGUACUCACUCAGGAAAGUGGUACGCUCUCGAUGCGGAGACCAGAGACCUGGUGGCCAUUCAUACAGACGGCAAUGAGCAGCUGUCAGUCAUACGCUUCUCCGUAGAUGGCACCCUGCUGGCAGUGGGAUCACAUGACAACUUCAUUUACCUCUACACCGUGUCGGACAAAGGACGCAAGUACACCAGAUACGGGAAGUGUAUUGGACAUUCCAGCUACAUCACACAUCUUGACUGGUCCCCCGACAACAAGUUCAUCAUGUCCAACUCAGGAGACUAUGAGAUCCUCUACUGGGACAUUCCAAAUGGCUGCAAAUACAUCCGUAACCGUUCUGAGUGUAAGGACAUCGACUGGGCCACCUACACCUGUGUGCUGGGCUACCAUGUCUUCGGAGUGUGGCCUGAGGGUUCCGAUGGCACAGACAUCAACGCCCUCAUCAGAUCCCACAACAGGAAGGUGAUCGCUCUGGCUGAUGACUUCUGCAAAGUGCACCUCUUCCAGUACCCCUGCGCCAGACCCAAGGCACCGAGCCACAAAUAUAGCGCCCACAGCAGUCACGUGACUAAUGUGACCUUCAUGCACAACGACAGUCACUUGGUGUCCACUGGCGGGAAAGAUACCAGUGUCAUGCAGUGGCGUCUGGUGGAGAAGACUCCCUCAUUGGUCCCCAGCGACUCUUCCCUCUCUCUGGGGGAGGGGCUCCUGCAUAACUCCAACCCCCGCGUCACCAUCCCAGCGGUGCCCCUGACGCCCACCCCCACCAAGCCGGCCGUGACGCCAAUCGCGACCCCAACUCCGCCCUCCGUCCUCGACCUGACCUCUGACCCCCCAGCGGUGCCCUGCGGGGAUACGGCCAUCGUCACGCCCCCCACACCCACCGAGCCCACGACCAAUGGACGGCAGGAGAGCUCCCCUGAAACCACUCCCCCAUCCGGGAUGACCCCACCCCGCUCAGAGUCUACCCCACCCCCCCACAGCACGCUGAGCCCCAAGGACAGCCUGGACCCCAGCGAUGACACGGCCACUCCUAGCGACGAGGGCCGCCCUUUCACCCCACCCUCGUAAAGAGCGUCACUUGUGAUGCAGCCUAGUGCGCUCUCCUGCUCAGCACUCCCCCCUGGAGGCACCUCAAUGUCACUGCGUUUCUCAGGAGAAGCGCAGCAGGGUUCAAUAUUUGCUGUUCAGGUUUCCUUUGUUUUUCUUUUUAGUUUCUUUUCAUGCUCUUCUUUUUGUUUUGUUUUGAAGUCUGUGUUAAUUGGAUAAGAAUGGAGGGUGUAAGUGAGACAAGCAGUGAUAUUAGUGGCUGAUGUUUGUUUUACGCUGUCACUCGGCCUUGUGUGAGGAGAGAAUGUUGUGAUUGUUCUGAGUCGUACGGUUAAGUCAAGUCUGCAGAUGAAAGCUCUGUGAGAGAGGGACACAAGCACACAGACGUGCAAACACUAGCACUAAUACACAAAGACACACAAAAUCACACUCCAACAUCACUCCUUGAUCAGCCAAACAGAUGCAGGAUCAUUUACACAGUUCAAAUAUCAUUGUAAUGUUGCUAUCAUAGAUACUCAUAUAGUACUUGAUACCAAGUAUUACUUAUGUCUUUAUACACAAGUAUAUUAUGCUACAAGAGCCUAGUGCCUCUUCCCUGAGCCUAGCUAAUGCUAGGCAGGUACCCCUGGCUAAUGCUCACUCCCCAGUCCAGCCCUUUGUCAAUACUCAUCAUAUAGUCUUUAGGCUAUGUUACCAUAGAAACUUAAACCUAAUCCUAGCUCAAUAAUGCAGCAACCUGCAAUAACACACCAUAGCAUACUGUGUGACCAGACACAACCAGUUAUACACAUGCAGCUAAUCGCACACACACUCCAUCGUUCUGGACUUUCAAUCAGGUGUGUGUGCGCGUGCGCCUGCAGACUGCUUCAUGGCAAUAAGCUGUUCUCUCUGGUAAGAGUCCCUGCAGGAAACUCAUCCAUCCAGCCUCACUGUAAAGGCCAGAAAGGACUCUGAUGAAUAAUGGUCCAUAGGAUAUCCUGUGGCUCAUGGACAUUAUGACCACACUGAACCACCAGCGACACACGUACCCAGGUGACUCUCUCACCUGCUCGCCCUACCUUAAACGUGCUACCAUUUUUUUUUUUUGCGUUUCUUUUCAUUUUCAUUUAGGAUUUAGACCUUUUUAAAAGCUCGUUCUGGGGAGUGUUCCUUCCCUGCUAUAUGGACUGAGAUGUUUUUAAGAUUGUUUUUUUUUUUUUUUAAGUCUUAUGUGUGUGCGAGCUGCCGUUUACACGUUGUGUCAUUCCGGAGGAGGGUUUGUCCAGCCCCCCAUUCUGCAGCAACUCAGGACCGGAUCACGCUCACAGGAAUACACAGCCAACAGAGAGCGAGAGAGACUCUUCUCUUCUACACAGUCUUAUCUUUAUCCCCUCGGUGGGAAUGCGCUGGUACAUUUCCACAGACAUGGCAUAGAGGGGAGGGAGAGAGAGAAAGGCUCUUCUGUUUUUCAGCUGGGAAUGGAGGAGAGAGUUUUUUUAUUUUUUUAAUUUUUUUUUUUUUAUAAAUGCCUGUCUAUGACUAGGGAGAGAGAGUCCAAUGCUUUCUAUGGCAAGGAAGACUGAAGAAAGGUGGAAGGGAUAUGUACUAAUGUGUAUGUGCUGCAAUGCACAGUAAAGGUUUAGCUAGUUAUAUACAGGAUUGAAUGAUGGAAGUAUUUUUCCAGGUUUGUCAUUAUCAGAAAGAAGAGCGAGGACUGUGUAAAAGGCACGUGGUGUAGAUUCAUCUUUAUAUAUAUAUAUAUAUAUAUAUCCUCUCUGUUGGUGAGAGAUGAGUGAGGGACUGUAAGUAAAGUGCAUGUCAGUGACGGUGUGGUAAGAUUGGUAGGUGGCAUUGACAGGGUUGUAGUGAAGUGGUAAAGACAUUGGUAAUCCUAGUGAAAGACUGUAUGAGGGCAUGGUUGUAUCAGUGUUAUACAAAUGUUUUCUAACGUUGUCCUCAAAGAUGUAGACUUCCAGCUGGUCCACAAAGAAACUCUUUCUCUUUUUAUAAUAUAAUUGUCUGUUUUUUUUUGGUGUGUGUUUUUCGCAAAUCAACAGCUUGUGCAACUGGGAAUGCUUUAAUGUAGGUAGAUUUUGUCCUGUAGUUUUUGUCAUGUGGUUCUGUAGUUGUAGUGAACAUGGGAUUGCAUUCCCAGAAUGCUCUGCUCCUGAGUGCAUAGAACGUGAACACACUUGUUUAACCCCGUACAAUAUCUCAUGACCUCAGAAUACGCCUCCUACAAUGACAGGUGUCAAUGUAUGACUCGUACCCUAGGACAGGGGUGUAUGACUCGUACCCUAGGACAGGGGUGUAUGACUCGUACCCUAGGACAGGGCUGUAUGACUCAUACCCUAGGACAGGGCUGUAUGACUCAUACCCUAGGACAGGGGUGUAUGACUCAUACCCUAGGACAGGGGUGUAUGACUCAUACCCUAGGACAGGGGUGUAUGACUCAUACCCUAGGACAGGGGUGUAUGACUCAUACCCUAGGACAGGGGUGUAUGACUCAUUCCAUGGAGGGCCUAGUGUCUGCUGGUUUUUGUUUUUUCCUUUCAAUUAUGACCUUGACAACCAGGUGAGGGGGAGUUCCUUACGGGUAAUCAGCGAGCUUAAUUCACCAAUCAAGUAAAAUGGCGGAGCGAAAACCCACACACUCUGCUCUCAGUGGAAGGAGGUUGGCACGUGCCCUAGGAUAUCUGGAGUCUCUCCAGAAUGCUAAAACCCCUGUUUUCAGGGCGCCAUGUGGUCUUGCUAGAUCUUCCCAUCCAAUAAUUGUCCAUUUUGUACAUUCAGGUGUGGCUACUUUAUGUAUAUAAUGGUAUGCCUGUGUGUGUGUGUGUGUCUGGUUUAUUCAUCUUGAGAUUAUACAGGUAACUGCCAAAAUAAAGGAAACGCCAACAUAAAGUGUCUUUAAUAGGGUUUUGGGCCACCACGAGCCAUAAUCGCUUCUAUGCACCUUGGCAUCGAUUCUAACAGUGUCUGGAACUCUACUGAAGGGAUGCGACACCAUUCUUCCACGAGAAUUGCCUUCAUUUGUAGUUUUUUGUUGAUGACGGCGGUGGAAAACGCUGUCUCAGGCGCGCGCUCCAGAAUCAAUUGGGUUGAGAUCUGGUGAAUGAGACGGCCAUGGCACAGGAUUUGCAUUGUUUUCGUGCUCAUCAAACCAUUUAGUGACCCCUUGUGCCCUGUGGAUGGGGGCAUUGUCAUCCUAUGGGGGGGCAUAGCCAUGGUAGUCAAGAUAAUGCCCAAAAUUAUGCGUUACCCUAAGUAUAUGUUAAUUGCUUAAUUAACUCAGGAAACACACCUGUGUGGAAGUACCUGCUUUCAAUAUAUUUUGUAUCCCUCAUUUAUUCAAGUGUUUCCAUUAUUUUGGCAGCUUCCUGUAGAUCCACUGAACCAUUACUCAGUGCUUUCUUUCACCACUAGGAGGCACACUGCAGCUCACCCACAGGCCAAGCAUGUACAUACAUAUGCAGUACAGUGUGGAAUAAUAGCUCUUUGAGUCCUCAUAAACUAUGGUCCCAAAUGUGCUCUUCUUCCCCUGGCAGGUGUUAUGGUGGGACAGUGAACUGGCUUUGAGAGUGCCUCCGCCCGCAGUCUAUCUGGGGAUGUCGCUCUUGUUAUUCAAGGAUAUUCAUAGCCAACUCAUCUCACCCCAUUUAGGCUCUGUAGUGGUCUGCCAAUCAGAGUCCUACAUCAGAUAUGUCCCUUGAAUGUUGCGCUGACAAAUUUCCUUGCCAUAGUGAGGGGAGUGGGGGGGUGAGGUGAGUUUUGCCUAUGUUGGUUAAGGGGAGGGAAAUAUUUUAUUUUAAGGUAGGGAGGGUUAGUAAGGUGCGGGAGAUGUGGACACCAGGGCAUCCUAUGUACUGGGCCCUGACAAGGAUCUGAUAUUUUUGAGAGACCGAGCGGUUCCUUUAUGUCUAUUCAACCAAUCCAUCUUUUGAGGGGAAUUUUUCUGAAGGGCUUGUACAGAAUCAUGUUUUCAAGUUAGAUGGGCUAGUAUCCAAAACACACAAAGGGAAGCGAGUUUAAACACAAAACUCCUUGACUGGUCUGAAACCUCAUCCCUGUGAAUGUAUGUUGAAGUGUCCUGCGGGGGGGGGGGUCUUCCCCCAAAACUCCUCUGCAAAAUGGCUGGCACACCCAUGCCAAUCGUCUUAGGGAAAAUUGAGGGGGCAUAUAUGUGUGCCCACUCUGAUUAUCAAGUCUUUGGGUUGGGGGAGGGCAAGGACAGGUGCAACCUUUUUUGUGAUAUUCAGAAUAAACGGUCAUCACCACCCAUGAUGAUGGUGAUAAUGACAAUGUUGAAAUGAUAUAAUGUUGGUAAGAUAUGACUGACAAAUGUUUCACAUGACAAUGUUUGAGCCAAUCUGUCUCUCAUGCAUUCCUGUCAAUAGACAGAAAAAAUACUGAAGAUUAAAAAAAAAAUAAAAAAAAUGGAAAUAAACAUCUCAAAAAAAGAAAA